CAGUGGAUUCCUGACGUCAGGGCAGGUCUAGUAGAAACAGAACGCCACAACUAUUGCAUCGAACGUGAAAUUGUGGAAUCGAGUACGAGCCACGGCAGCAAAAUUUGGCUCCAAGAGCAGGCGCACAGCUCCCCAGUGGUGGACCAGCCCAUCUGUACAAUGCCCUUGGAAGAUGGAAAUGGAUGGAAAAAGAAGACAACCGAUAUCAAGGAAAACUAUGACUUCAAGGAGGUCUUGGGGACGGGGGCAUUCUCUGAGGUGGUUCUGGCUGAGGAGAGGAGCACCCAGCACCUGGUGGCUGUCAAGUGCAUCCCCAAGAAGGCCCUAGAAGGCAAGGAGAACAGCAUCGAGAAUGAGAUUGCUGUGCUGCACAGAAUAAAGCACAAGAAUAUAAUUUCACUGCAGGACAUAUUCGAGAGUCAAUCACAUCUGUACCUGGUCAUGCAGUUAGUAUCAGGUGGGGAGCUGUUUGACAGAAUUGUGGAAAAGGGUUUCUACACAGAAAGAGAUGCCAGUAAGCUCAUUUGUCAGAUAUUAGAUGCAGUGAAGUAUCUCCAUGAUAUGGGCAUUGUGCAUCGAGAUCUAAAGCCAGAGAACCUGCUGUAUUACAGCAUGGAGGAGGACUCCAACAUCAUGAUCAGUGACUUUGGAUUGUCAAAAAUUGAGGACUCAGGGACUGUGAUGUCAACUGCCUGUGGAACGCCUGGAUAUGUGGCCCCUGAGGUCCUGGCACAGAAACCUUACAGCAAAGCAGUGGACUGCUGGUCCAUAGGCGUCAUUUCGUACAUUUUGUUAUGUGGUUAUCCUCCCUUUUAUGAUGAAAAUGAUGCCAAGCUCUUUGAACAAAUUCUGAAGGCAGAGUAUGAAUUUGACUCCCCAUACUGGGAUGACAUAUCAGACUCAGCUAAGGACUUCAUAUGCCACCUAAUGGAGAAAGAUCCUAUGCUGAGGUACACGUGUGAACAGGCCUUACAACAUCCGUGGAUCUCAGGAGACACUGCCCUUGACAAGAAUAUCCACGAGUCUGUCAGUGCUCAGAUUAAGAAGAAUUUUGCCAAAAGUAAAUGGAAGCAAGCCUUCAAUGCCACCGCUGUGGUCAGGCACAUGAGGAGACUUCAGCUGGGCACCAGCCAGAUCACCUCCACCAGCCCCUGUCACAGACAUCUGCUCCUGCCUGCCAAGGAGCAGCACCAGGAGGAGGAGGACGAUGAAGAAGAAGAGGAGGAUAAAGGCUCCCCAGGCGAUGAUGGUCGCCGUGGCAGCGCUGAUCGAGACAGUCUCAGAAGCUGUGCAUACUGCUGCCGACCAACAAGUAGGAUCUGAGAGGAGACCCAGUAGCCUACACAAACCAGUGAAACCCAGCACAACCCAUUACAUGCUCCUACCACCACCAGUCUGUCUACAUGGGGGAGCUUGCAGAAGUGGAGUGAGAAGAGGAAGAGAGGAUCGGAGAAGGUUCUAAACAUGCUGACCUGAGUGCUUUGUUACAAAUUAUCCUGUUAUGACACCCACUUUCGGUUUUGACUGUUUUAUGUUCCGUAUCCCAACCAAAGAGUACCAUACUUGCAUUCAACUUUGAGUCUUUCAGAGCUGUUAGAAAUAUUAGACCCCAAGUAUGUGCUCUGAUUGGAGCACAAGCGCUUUAGUAACACAGUAGUCAUUUUUUUGUAAGAAAUCAGAGAGAGUCAGGCUUCAUUAGCACAGACUGUAAAAAAAGACUUAAGAAACUGAAGUUGAAACCUUACUUACGUGGUCUUUGUUAAGCUUUAUUUUAAAGUUCCCUUGCCUUAAUCUAUGGUGUAUUUACUUGAUGUAAGGUCUAUGCAGUGCCCUUAUCCCUGUGCCUGUGUUUUGCAUCAGACUGGUCUUGUAACAUCAGCUGGUAGUGCACAGUUUUGGGCUAUAGCCUCUUCACGUGUGAAAGAGACUGUGGUUUCAGUUCUACGGGAGUGAAAGAAAGCUCAAAGGCUCGAACUGAGAUCAAGGGCAAAAUCUUCACACAAUAUCAGCACGUGAAGUACAAAAGAGUAUGAUUUCAUUUCUAGAUCCAAAGGGAUUAAAAUUCACUUCUAACAAAGGCUUCUGACAAAUCUGAGUCCAGGGAGAGGUCUAAUCUUGGUUCCUGACAAAACCUCUUAAAAUAGAAAGACAUGCAUGGAUAACCUUAGACCCCAAAGUCUUGUCAAGUGCUGAAACUCCUCAUCUGAGUGUUGGAGAGAUCCAUGCUGGACUUUAGAAGUGUGUCUAGGGCUUGCUCUGUCUUUGAGAUGUUUAGGCAGGAAUCUCAGAUUUGGGUCAUUGGAUGUAAUGCAUACUGUACUCCUCUGAGAAAAUGUCUAAUGUUUGCAUGACCUUGUAAUUGUUUACAUAAGCGAUGAUGAAUAUAUAGAUAUUAUUAUUACCACUAUGCUAACAUAAGAAAACUGACUGAAAGUGUUUGAUGUUGGAGACACCAGCUAUUUUGGUACUAGCUGUGGGUCACAUUACAUGAAUUUGAAUACUGUGUGAAAUGCAAUUCCAGUGUCAUUUUUAUUAUUUCAUAGUAUAAGAUUUAUUGUUUGUACGCAUUGCUAGACUGAAGGUCUCAAAACAUAUCUUCUAGUUAUAUGAAUUGAUACUAAAAUAUUAAGAAUAAUUUGAUACAUUAACUCAAUGUUUGGUCAUUUUGAUUUUAUAAUCCCAUUUUGUGAACCUUUCUUACUUCAAAACUAAUUUGACUUGGAAGAUUACGAAAACAGCCAUUAGAUAAUCCCAUAUUUUUAACAUUCCUCAUAUGGCUUUGCACACAAUUUAUAGUCUAGCACUCAUGAUGGCAAAAAAAAAUAUGAUUCAACCAAGUAGCACAACUGUAGUUGCAGUACAUGGCAUCUUUCAUUAGAACUGAACAACAAGCAAAUGAAUAAAUCAGUUAUGCUUUCUAUAGCACAGAAAGCUACAGGCUGAUGUGAAGGGAAGACUCAGGACAGUAUUAGCACUGAGAAGCAGGAAAUGCUACAUAGAUUUUAACUUAUAUGGCUCUAAUGAAUUUCAGCAAUGAGUGACAGAACAUUUAAGCUCAGACUAGUCUUUUAGUCAAUUAUCUAUGAUUUGAUUUAUUUCCUUUUCAGAAUACUAAAUUUAAUUGUUUUAAGUGAGAACUGAGGCACUUGGAAAUUUCACAUGAAAAAAAAGAGACAAAUAUAUGUGUUAAACAAGAACAAUUGUAUAUCUUUUCCUAAAACCCAUUUUGAAUUAAACAUAUAUGGAUGCAAUGCAUCAUGGGUUAUUAAUGGAAUAACAAAGAGCUAAUGAAUACCCUUAAGGAUAUUGUAGCAGGUUCUGAAAUAAACACUCUUGUCUAUGCAUUGUUUGUUCAGUAUGCUUAAUAUGUACACUGCAAAUAAAGUCCACAUCAAAGUGCUAUGCAAAGCCAGACUAUGGCUGGUAAUUUCAGGUUAAAUGCAUAUAGCUGAGUAUAUGCAUUUAGUUAUAUGCACAUGCACAACAAGAACUGUUGAGGAUUUUAUGUUAAAAUACCAUGACAUACCAUUUAAAUACUGGAGCAUUGUAUUAUUGUGGACAGCUACAAAGGGUAAUAUAACCUGCCUCAGUGAAACAGUAGAGGCACAGAAAAAUUGUUUGUUUACUAGAGAAUAUAAUGAUGAACAUUAGAACAGUUAUUUUAUGAACAUUAGAAUGUGUUAGUCCAUUGUAAUCAUAUGCUUAUUAGCACAGUGUAUGUCAGUAAAAUUAAAUGUUGAAUAAAAAUGCAAAAAGUCAGCAGAUUGUUCUACCUGUACAUUGAAUAAUUGUAGACUCACAAACCACA